CCACUCUUCGUGUACCUUUGCCACUCACUCUCACCUCCCGUAGACGGCGAACAGAGGCGGUCUUGAAGCCCUCUGCCCCUCGCCAGAGACGGAACACGCUAAGUCACCUUUGAAUCUCACCAGCCAUGAGAGAAUGCAUGUGAGUGAUGAUGAUGAUGAUGAUGAAUAGGCAGGACGGAGGAGCCACCAGCUGUUGGCUCGUUUGGAGGUAACAAUGGCAAUAGUGGCGUGCCUGGCAGGGGUAUCAGUGGGCAUGAUCCACGCAUACCCUGCUGUGGCUCUGCCCCGCUGGGAGGAAAUGGGUACGCCUCUACCCACUGUGCAGGCCACGUGGUUCGCGUCGGCACCGAUGGUCGUGAGUAUGCUGGCCUGCGUCGGGUCCGGAGUCCUGGUGGAGAGUCUGGGAACGAGAAGGAUCCUGCUCGUUUCCCUCCCCUUCCUCGCCCUCUCCUGGAUCAUGGUCGCCGUCGUCCAUCACUUUUGGGUCCUGCUGGUUGCCAGGAUCAUCCAGGGUGCCGUCGCCGCCGUGUACAUGGUGGUGAUCACGGUGUACCCGGCGGAGGUGAGCGUCCCGCGCUGGAGGGGCAUGACCAUGUGCGUGUCGGAGGCCAUGGUCAUGCUGGGCGUGUUCAUCACGUACCUGGCCGGCCUCGUCCUCCAGCCCUCGCCCCUGGCCUACAUGAUCGCCGCGUCGCUCGUCCCGCAGGCCGUGUGCUUCUACUUCCUCCGCGAAGCCCCCCUGUGGCUGGCCAGGCAGGACCGCGACGAGGAGACGGCCGCCUCCCUGGCCUGCCUCAGGGGCCCGUACGCCGACAUCACGACGGAGCUGGAGCAAAUUAAGUCUUCGGUGCUCACGGAGAGAAUACAGAAGCCCACCGCGUCCGAGCAGCUUCUGCUCCUCAAGAAGCCGACCUACCUGAAGCCCCUGAUCCUGUCCGUCCUCGUGCUGCUGUUCAAGGAGCUGACGGGGCAGUACGCCGCCAUGGCCUACACCGUCCAGAUCUUCAAGAUGGCCGGCUCGUCGCUCGACCCCUACCUGUGCACCGUGGUCAUGGGCGCGGCGCGCUUCCUCCCCUGCUUUAUGUCGUGGCUCCUGAUCGAGCGCCUCCCGCGACGCCUCCUGCUGUCGUCCUGCAUGACGCUGGCGUCCUUUGCCCUGGCGACGCUGGGGGCCUUCCUGUGGUUCUGGUCCCUGAAGGAGGAGCCCCUGCCGGAGUCCAUGGGCUGGAUCCCGCUCGCCUGCCUGCUGGUGUUCACCCUCGCCUUCGGGUCCGGCGUCGGCACCACCUCGUGGACGCUGGUGGCGGAGCUCCUCCCGUCGCAGGUGCGCAACGUCGGCGCGGGGAUCAUCAACACGUCGUUCAGCCUGUUCCUGUUCCUGGUGGGCCUCACGUUCCCCUUCAUGGUGGAGCUCAUGACCAUCGGCGGCGUGUUCAUCGUGUACUCCGGCUGCUCGCUCAUGGGCGCGCUCUUCGUGGUCACGUGCUUGCCCGAGACCAGGGGCAGGACCUUCGCCGAGAUCCAGAGGUCCCUCGACUCGCACACGUCGAGCGCCAUUUAGGCCGCCCUUCCUGCCCUUCACCGCGAUCGUCGUGGCUGCAGAAAGAUGAGGCCUUGUCGGAGGCUCGAGUUUGGACACUCAUUUCUCUAUGUCUGCGAUAAUUUCAGGUGAAAAAGAACAAGUAUAUAUAUAUAUAUGUUGAUAGGUUUGGUUACAAUAGCUUUAACAUAGUUAUCAGCCCGAGCUCAUUCCACAAUCACCCAAUAUUUAUCUGAGAUAUUAUAGCAUAAUCGCUUUGAUAGCAUAGCGAUUACUGGUAUAAGAAAAAUCACUAUUUUUCUCAUAACUCACAUCUCGAUUCCUCGUCCAAAUGUUAGCCUUGUCCUUGGCUUUUCCUUCAGGAAAAUCUGGAACUGACAUUGAUUCCGUCUUGGAUGAAACAGCCGCGGUUGGAAAGGACAAGAAAAUACGAUUUUUUCGAAACUUUUUAUCUGUCUUAGAUUUCCUUUUUAGGUGGAUCUACUGUAUCGAAAAAAAUGGGUAAUUAUGUAAAGUUUUCAACUUAGUAGGAAUCCAUUGUUCCUCUCGAUAAUUUCUUAUUUGUUGUCGUUUCUUAUCAUGGAUAUUCUUAUCAUCAUUAUUUCACAUAAGUGGCUGUUUGUCCAUUGAUUUAAUUCUCUUAAUUCUACGCUACUGGAGAUGCGUUACACGUUGUGAUACGUAAGUGUAUGUACACUACAAACACACACACACACACACACACACACACACACACACACACACACACAAACAAACAAAGGAACACGAGCACUGAAUCCUACCACAAAAAAGGCCUUAAAGUGUAAAGUGGGCAAAGGACGACCACUUACUUACAAAGUAAUGGUAGCAUUGUUCUUCCUGUUGUUGUUAGUUGAUCCCCAAAUAGCAGGGCGUAGUCUGGUGUCUCAGAGCUGCAGCUGGACGACAGGGACUGGGUGUCUGUGUGUAUAUUGUAUACUGCUGAGCGAUUCACAUAUGUGCCUAUUUUUUUCAAGUUAGUGUUAGUAAAAUGAUAAGAAUCGAUGAGUAAA